CUUUAAAGCCCGCAAAAGACCCGCCGCAACCAAACCCCACACACACGUAACACCCUCCAUCCCUUUCCACACACACACCGCUCUCUCUCUCUCUCUCUCCCUCUCAAUGGCGAGGCGGUCGGUGCAUCGGAGGCAGGAGUUCAGCUUCGCGGGGGACUCGCCGACGCCGUGGCAGGGCGCGGAGGCCGGCGAGAGGCGCGCGCUGCCUCCCCGGACGCCGCCGGUGGCGAACCCGAUGGCGCCGCGCGCGGGGGAGGAGGACUUCCGCUGGCUGCAGGCGUCGAGGCAAGGCUCGCCGGAGUCCGGCUCCGGCUCCGGCACGCCGUCGCCGCAGCUCUGGGCGCAGAGCGAGCCGCACCACCACGACCGGCUCUACCCGGCCUCCGCCGGGAGCUCCCCGUCGCGCGCGCAGGCCAUCGCCGGCUACCGCCGCGAGAUGCUCGACCUCGUCCGCGGCCUCCCCGAGGCCGCCUACGAGCUCUCCCUCCGGGACAUCGUCGAGUCCCGGCCCUCCCCGCUGCCUCCUCCUCCACCACCACCACCACCUCCGACCCAACCGUACAACGUCGCUACGCAAGAACAAGGAGGCGGCGAGCCCAAGAAGGACGUCACGGCGGCGGGCAUGGACGGCGACGAGGCCAAGAAACAGAUCGGCGGCGGGGACAAGAAACAAAGGACGCCAAGAAAGCAGAGGACGAUGGGGAGGACGCGAAGCCGGAGCAUGGAGCGCAGCGUGAGUCUCGACACCGGCCUGCUCAUCAAGCUCUUCCUGCCGCUCUCCGUCGGCCGGAAGAAGAAGGUGUCGCCCAAGCCCGCCGCGGUCGCCCCCGCCAAGGACGGCCGGAAGAAGACCAAGAAGAAGAAGAAGCAGGGGAAGGAGGAGGAGGAGGAGGAGGAGUGGUGGAAGAAGAGCCAGUUCAGCGAGGCGGGGAGCAGCAGCGGCAGCAGCAACAGCAGCGCCAGCAGGAACAAUGGAAUUGGAAACGGAAAUGGCGGCAGCGAUCCAAAAGCUCCGGCCAGGAGUAGGAGCAGAAAGAGGAUUGGGUGCUAUGGUUUCUUCAGGGCAAACAAGAGCAACAAUGGGGUCAUCCAAGAAUAAAACCAUGCAAUUGCCAAGACCACCCCUGGCUCCAUUCAUGCAAAGAAAGUACUCCUACGGCGAUCAGCUCAUAUGAACACCAGCAUUGCGAUAUCCUACCGACGAUCACUGCACACCUGCUCAUGCAUGCACAGGAAUGGAACUCAUGGAAGCAAAGACCCAAUGUGCAUGCCUAGAAACUGGUGCAAGAUCAUGGUAUGACCACUGCCCGUGCAUAGAUGGAUGGAUACGUCUUGUCCAUGGAGAGCACAGAUGACAUCCAACAAUGGUAGCACUGAAGUUUUGACUUCUCACAUAUGUUGUAUUUUUCUUUCUCUUCUUUUUCUGGAGAAAUAUAUGAUGUAUUUUCUCAGACAGUCACAUCUCUAGCUUGUACUAUCCCCUGUUUGUACAUGUUUGUAUGCAAGCUUUUUGUUGUCAGUAGUUGUUAAACAAUUUUUUUUAAAAUCGCACAUACUGUGAAGGAGGA